AUGGGGAGGACAAGCGACUAUUUUGGUCUUCCACGGUGGAUCCGGGAGUAUGAUAUUAAGGCUGGGUUUGAAACAGCUAUUGGGCACGGGGUUGUUAAGGUUAUUUUGGAUACCGACCUUCAAUACGCACACUUAACCGGUAUCCGUGAUUUUGUUCUCAGCAAGAAAGACUACAUAAUGCAGCAAGUCGAAAUACUUCGAUCCCGCGUCUGGGUCCGUGAAGGCGAAAAGACCAUGUCUACCCGUGUGAAGGAGGUUCUCCAUGACUUCAACACUGCGAAUCAGCUCUAA